UGGAUAUGGACGGACGUUUGACGUACCCAGGGUAUCAAGUAGAUACAAAACAAAUUCAGGGUUUUCAAAUUUCUUUAAUUUUUAUGAAAUAAAAAUGGUUAUCUCACACAAACACAACUUUCAAGAACUAUUCGAAGCAUGCUCCAAAUCACUUACAUUGAAUUUACCAACGCUUAAAGAAAAUUUAGUGCGAAUAAGCUAUGAAAAAUCUGACGAUCUCAGUACUGUGUAUAAUGGUCUCCCACCGCCAUUACCAUUCGCUAGGAGCGAAAUAUUUCAGACACAAAUUAGCAAUAGUAGGCGUUUGACUUCAGUGAAUGGAGACUGCAAAGCCGUGUAUGAAGUUACCUUUGAUAUAACGGGUAGUAAUUUUACAUUCAAACCUGGAGACACUAUAGGCAUCAUUCCCCACAAUGAUGAUGCAAGUGUCAACUUUAUACUGUCACAUUUGGAUCUGAUUUCACAAGCAGACUUACCUUACCACCUGAGCUGUGAUACUUCACAGAAACUGAAAUUACCCCAACACAUACCUGUAAGGUGUACUCUUAGAAAUGUCCUGAAAAAUAUAGUGGAUUUACGAAGUAUUUUAAAGAAGCUAUUUUUGCUGUCAUUAUCAAGGCACACAAAAGAUGAAAAUGAAAGGAAAGUUUUGGAAUUCCUCUGCAGUAAAGAAGGUUCCACUUCAUACACUUCGCACAUCCUAAACAAAAGUUUUUGCAUAUUGGAUUUAUUGUCUGUCUUUAAAUCAUGUAAACCACCUAUAGAAAUACUCCUCACGAAUCUCCCAAGACUAUUACCAAGACCAUAUUCUAUUGUGAAUAGUUAUUUGAAACACCCCAACUUAUUGAAAAUAUGUUUUUCUGUAAUGGAUUUUGAAAAUAACAGAAAAGGGCUCACAUCUGGCUGGCUGGAAAGACUUGUUUUAGAAGAUUCAAAUAUAGAAUCCAAAAUGGAGAAUUUAAGUCUCUAUGAAAAGAAAACAGUACCAAUAUAUUUGAGAAAAAAUAUAACAGCAUUCUCUAUGCCUGAGAACCUUGAAACUCCAUUGAUUUUAAUAGGACCAGGUACAGGGAUUGCACCUUUUAUUGGAUUUUUGGAAGAAAGACAAUAUUUGAAGGAAACUAAAGAUGUGAAUUUGGGCAAUGUUUGGGUAUUUUUUGGAUGUAGGAAUCCUAAGUUAGAUUUUAUUUACGAAAAGGAGUUGCAGAAAUAUUUAGACAAUGGAAUACUUACAAAAUUAAGCACAUCAUUUUCUAGAGUGGACAAUAAUAAUGUGAAGUAUGUUCAGGAUACAAUACAAGAAAAUGCGGAAGAACUAGUUGAAUGGAUACAUAAAGGUGCUUCCAUAUUUGUUUGUGGAGACGUGAAGACAAUGGUUGCAGAAGUUAAGAAAGCUAUUGAAACAUGUCUGAUAAGACACAGUCCAUCUGACCAAGACGCAGCCACUUUGCUUUCCGAUUUGAUCAGGGAGAAGAGAUAUUUAGUUGAUAUUUGGAAUUAGCGCGAAAGAAAUCCAUAUAAAAAUUUAUUCAUUCUUAAAUAUCUUGUAAUGAAGAGAUAGUAUAAUUAUAUUUUACAAUAUCAUAAUACAAGGGAACUUAGUUCAACUAGCUUCGUAGUUUAUUUAUUUCGUCAUAAUAUAUUUAUUUUCCAGUUACAUAUGG